AUGGAAACGAGAAUCAAAUCUGGAUUUCCAAAACCAAAUGUCUUGACAGCAACUAAAUAUCCUUUGAAUAUUGCAGCAGGUCCUCAUGAACCAUCUACAGUCUCUCAAGCUCUUGCAAGUCCAAAAUGGAAGCAAGCCAUGAUAACUGAAUAUGAAGGUCUCUUGUCUAAUGGCACUUGGUCACUCGUUCCGCCACCUGCCUCUACCAAUGUAGUUGGUAAUAAAUGGGUGUUUGAGACCAAGUUUAAUCCCGAUGGUUCAGCUCAAUGCCACAAGGCCCGCUUGGUUACGAAAAGAUAUCAUCAAACUCUGGGAAUUGAUUUUUAUGAGACUUUUAGCUCGGUCAUUAAGCCGACUACGGUGCGCAUUGUUUGGCUGUUACAGUUCAUUUUUCUUAGGACAUUCAAUAACUUGAUGUAA